CAUCAUCGAAGAGUACGAUCCUUACCGAAGCUGGCACGGUUCGCAAUAUGGAUCGCGCUAUUCGUUGCAUGGGCGUGACGGCGGCCACAACAAGGGCUACACCAGCGGAGGCAGUACUAUACACUCGAAUCGAUCUCUGCCCAUCGAUUCAGACCAUUAUGCGAUAGUUCAUAGCCGACCGGGUUCGAGGCAUUCCGGAUUACACGGUCAUCGCCCUCGGGGGCCGCCAAGCAAUAUGUAAAUUAGUUUCCGAAACCUGUAGCUAUUCUUCCUGUGCACUGCCAUCCGAACAAGGCAAUAACUUCAACCAGACAAGCACUGUACACGAAAUCAAACAGUGUUUCUCGCGACGAACGUCUAUCUCACAAGAAAAAAAAAUGCACAUGACUUUCCUGACAAACUUUUAAAAAUGUAUCUCCAAAGCAUAGCUAGCGGAAGAUGUAAAUAAUUGGACAUUGUGAAAUCACCACGGUAAUUUUAUCAUUAGAUACUCUCAAUGAAACUCGAUACAUAUUUUUAACAGUUAGUGAAAAACAAUUAACAAGAAACGAAAGAUUUCAAAAGUUAUUUAAUUCUACAGUAAACGAUCACAAUCGAACGAAUCGCAGCAGCUAACAAAUCCACAAGUAGUAAAAACAAGUCAAUACUAUGAGUUUGGUUCUGUAAUUUUUACACAUGUUUUAAAUAACAUUCAUUUGAUUUCUUCUAUGCAAAUAAUACAAGCAGCAGUGGAAUGAAACUUAACGAUUAAGUAACAAGUAAGUGUGAAAAAAGAAAAUUGUAAAAUAAUGAUGAAUAAAAUGGCUAAUAAAUAA